AUGGUUCUUUAUAUGAAAAACAUCUUUUUUUUUUUGGCUCAUCAUAUUUUAUGCUAUUCUGUUUUUGAUCUUUAUCCUUUUGCAAUACAAAUCAUGAAAAGCUUUUAUUCAAAAGGAAUAUGCUCGACACCGAGCUAUAUAUUGUCGUUCCCGAUCUGGGUUGGUCUUCCUUUUACUAUAACAAAGUCAAAAGGUCAAACCCACUGGGGAUCAAGGAGUAUACUUGUAAGAGGAAGAAUUGAAGAUUUGAGAUUAGGAACAAAGAUUCGUGAGAACUUGUGUUGGUUUUGUUUAUUGAGAAAAGAUUUUGUAUCAAAGUUUGAUGAGGAAAAUUAUAUGACUGUGGUCAGUCUCAAUGAAGUAUUAACAUCAAAAGUAAAUGUGUUUAUGAGUUAUAAUUAUGCUUAUAAUAAUCCACUGAUGUAUCUCAUAUUAUAG